AGGAAGAGAGGAGAGGGAACUCGAUCACCCUGAAAAAUUUCCCAUCCACAACCCACGGGCCCCAAAUAAAAGCAAGUGUAACAGGGCCGCGUUUGCGUUUUGCCGCAUCUCAAUAUCUCAAAUCAAAAACAAAAUCAAAUUCCUCUCGGUUGAUAACCCAUAAUCAAACCGAAAUAACAAGUUACUUUCCGGCGAGCCACAUGAACCUAUAAUUGAUGUUUAAAGGUAUUACAAACACAAGAUGAAUACCAAAAACAUGCAAAACGCACCCAUAGAUGGGAAAACAUUUCUCGAGUUGUUGUCAACAAUAUCAUUGGAAAAGGUGUUACAAUCUGAGUUUCGUCUCAAUCCAUCAAAUAGGUGGGAAAUGUUGAUAACCCCAACCGAUCCCCUUUGGAAGUAUCACUGCAAUAUUUGCCAUGUUGUUCAGUACGGCGACAAGAAUUUGUUUAGCCACCUUAGUGGUAAAAAACAUGGCGUAGCAAUGAUGGCUUCACCACAAUUGCAAAUAAGAUUAAAACCCACAGGUGGUCCUUCACAAAAAAGCUUUAAGAACUCUGAUACUACUAAAAUGGGAUCCAACACAAAUUCAAAUAUUGCUAGGAACAGCCAAUCCCCUGUUACAAAAAAUGCCGCUGCUUUCAACCAAAAUGCUGCAAACAAAAAUAAUAUUUCUAAUAAUACGGCCAAACAAGCAGGUGAAAAUUCGGCUGUAAAAUCUAGCCCUAUUCAAAAGAAAAGUCCAGCCGUUGGCGUGAACUCACAAAAAAAUUUUAGUCCCAAAACGGGAGUAAAUACACCCAAUCAGAAGAAUGUUCCAGGAAAUAAUUCAUCCAUUCCAAGGGGCGUACAGGGUACUAAUCAAAGCAAUCAAAGGAGUAUUUCAGGAAAUAAUCAAACCCCUCAAAAAAUUAUUCCAACAAAUAGUCAGCCUGUUCAAAAAAGUAUUCAACGAAAUAACAAUAAAAAUAUUCCAGCAAGCAGUGACCCUGUUCAAAAGAGCAAUCAGGGAAAUAAUAAUCAAAUGAAUCAAAAGACAAUUUCAGAAAACAAUCAGAAAAAUAUGCAAGAAAAUAAUAAUCAGACCAAUCAGAAGAAUAUUCAGGGAAAUAAUCAAACCACUCAAAAGAAUAUCCCAGUAAAAAGUCCAGCAAUGCAAAAGAAUAAUACAGGUACUACUACACUCACUCAGAACAAACCCGGGGGAAAUACUGCUCCCGUUCAAAAGAAUAUUCCAAUUAUUGGUUCGAAUGUACCGAAAAAGCCUCUACUGAACUUGGCCAAUAAUCAAUUUAAAAAACCAGUUGCAAACGUGGCCAGCGCAACUAUCUCUGGUAUCAAAAAGGGAUCACAGACUGCGGCACCAAGCACACCAGCUCCUUCUAACACUUCGAAGAGUACAGAAGGAACUGAUGCUGAAAAAACUGAAAACAAUGCUAACUCUCAGUCCAAACCCACAAUUAAACCUGCACAAAAUUCACAGACACCAGCAAGCGGUCAGAAUCAAACAAAAUCACCAUCACAAGCAAAAGCACCAACUAAACCGCAAUCACAGUCUCAAGAAAAGCCACAGACACAGCCACAGCCACAGACACAGCCAGACAAAUCUGCGCAGAAUGCAAAGGUCGAUACUGUGGACUUGACUCGAAACAAGAGCACUAAUCCAGAUAUAGUGAAGAAUCCGCUGGCGAAAAUCUCUUGUGUUCCGCUUGCCUCGCUUAUCAGCACCAAUAAAGAACCCGAGUCGGAACCCGAUGUUAUAAUUAUUGAUGAACAACCGAAUGAGAUUGCCAAACUACCAAAAACUCCUUUACUCUCAAUACCAGUUCAAGCAAGCAAUUCAAACACCUCAAGUGGAGCCGAAAAGCCGACUCCUCCUCCUAAAAAAAUGUACACUUUGCCUCCGAGGGAUCAUUCUCCCGUUAAAUCCGCUAGUGGCACAUUCGAGUCAAGAAGUCAGAGUCAUGUAAUGGGUCUCGUUGGAGUUGAAUACGUUUUGAAAAUAGUAAGGAGCUUGCACGAUAAGUACGCCAGAUAUCAAUGUUGCUUAUGCGACAUCGGUACUGGUGAACAGUCUAUGCACAACCAUUUGCUGGGUUAUAACCAUCGUCUUAAGUAUUUUGACAAGCAUUUUCCGACUGCGAUGCGUCAUUUCCGUCAGUAUGUGUCCGAAGUGCCCGAGAGCGAGGUAUGCAAAAUAAUGAUGCCCGUAUUCGAUAAGCUUGCAACUGCCAUUGAAACCCAUCAUGGUCGAAAAUCACCUCAUUUGUGCUACGAACAUCUCUAUAAAAAAGAUCGCGAGGAUUUGUACACUUUGGUGUUCAAUAGGAAGCAUUCAUCCGAAAAGGUUGGACCUUCGUUCACUCAUGUCGUUGACUCAAAAGAAAUUAAUGAGUUGAUCAAUAAAGCUAGAAACGGCAGUCACUCCUCGAUGACCGUGGAUAAUCCGAAUCCAAUUCCGAGUUCGAAUCCAAUUCCAAGUUCAAAUCCUCCAUAUGGUCUACCAUAUGCACCUCACGGUAAUAAUUAUAUGGGCUACCGAAAUGAGCCUCAAAAAAAUACAUCUCAGAUGAUUGAUGAUGAAACCCAUAAGAGAAUGGUUGAUAACUUCCUCAGGGGCAAUAGACACAAUUCUGGAGAUAACCAGAGGUCCCGAAACCUGAAGCGACACCGUUCAAGAUCGAAGUCACCGGAUCAGAGGAAAAGAUCUACACACAAAAGGCAUUGGGAUGUAGAACGCAGGUCAGUAUCUCCAUUGCGUGAUGGGGAUAUUUGGCAGGCAUACCGCCACAUGGUUGAUCUGAAGGUACGUGAGCUAAACGUGUCCUUCGACGCAUACAGAUCUGACCCCGAACAGCAUCCGAGCUAUCAGGCAGAGUGGCAAAUGUUCUGGAAGCGUCGCAAGGAUGAGCUUAUACAGGCUGGCAUCAAUCAUCGUUCUUAUAACUUCCAGAACGAAUGGAUUCAUUUCUUUAAUGCCCGUAUCGAAGAAUUGUACAAGCAAGAUAUUGAAAAUAUCAAGAUAAAAUGCCGCGAAAGGCUGUGCCUUCCAAUGACUAAUAGUCAUUUGGCCAAUGAAAAGUAUCACGUUAAUUUGCCUGGAACUGCUGAUGGUCCUGGUAUUAACAAACUUAAAAAUAAUAAUGGCCCAGAGAAAAUGUCUGUAGAUCCAGAACCACUGACUGAGGCCCCGCCGAAUGUGAUUCAUGUCCUUCGUCUGCUAACUGCUUUGGAGGAUUACCUUGGAAGCCUGGGUCCUUUUAUUACCGACAUGUUAGUAAAAGCCUUGCAAGCUCAGAAAAUUUCCCCAGAAUCAGUCCAAACACUAAUUUUGAGUGAUGAAAACUGUGCUCUGUUAGAGACUGUUAAAGAAAAGUUUACCGGUCUCUUGAUUACCGAAAUAUAUGAUCCUGCUAAGGAAAGGGCUUUGAAAAGAGCGAUUAAUGACACAGAACUUUUACUUCAAGAGGCCAGUAAAAUGAAGAAUCUUAAAGAUACCGCUCAGCGUCCUGAGCAGCCAGAACUUCAGAUGGGUAACAAAAAUCUGUGUAACCCUGAACCCCCAUAUGAUAAAACUGUCCUUGCAGCUAAGCUGGCUUCUUCUUUGGUAUCCCAAGGCAAGACAUCUAUUAACAAGGAAGAACUUCAGAAAAUACUUCAAGUAUAUACCAUGAUUGAGCAGAAGAAAAGGCAGGAAAUGCCCUCUGCCACAUCUUUUAAUUCUGGCCCCAGCUCUACCACUAAUUUGAUCUCGAACUCAAAUAACAAUGGCAACUUGUUGACACAACAAUCGAAUAGAAAUGCAAACUUUGCAAACAACUCUUACAAUGCGACCAGUAUGUAUACUGAUCAAAGUUACUCCGGAAGUGUGGCUCGCUACAACCAACCAAACACUAACACGGCUAAUACCUUAACCUCGAACGCGUAUUCGACUGAACGUGGAUAUGGCGGAACCGGCGGAUCAGGCGGUUAUCAAACCGGCACCAAUCAAUUUGGCAACAACCAACCGGCGAUCAAUCCAAGCAGCGUUCUGCUAAACGACCUAACUUCGUCAUCACUUUUCAACUUUAACACCAACUUGAACCCAACUUACAAGAACAUUACCGCCAGGAGGAACACUAAUUUUUAAUAUUUGUUAGUAAAUAAUGCAAUGAAUUAGACUUUUAAACGAAUCUUACAUGAAAUCCUUAUUAAUGUAAUCACAUCAUUGUCAAAUUAGCUACAUUCAUCGAAAAUAUGUACGACAUUUGAACAAAUUAAUGUAAAUAAACCGAUUUUACAAUGGAAAAACUGAUUCUUAAUUAUAGUAAACAAAAAAGGAAAAAAAAAUUAAAGCCAUAUACGCUUAAAAUAUGUUUUCCUUUAAUAACAAUUUCAUUGUAUAUUUUUUUAUAAACGAUAAUUAUAAGUAAUCCAGAAACCUGUAUGAUUUUUAAUUACAUUUACUAUAUUGUAUUGUACUUAAAAUAGUUUUUUUGUAAAAAUAAAACACACUUUUGUUUGUGCCAUUGCAAUAUAAA